AUGAACUUCCGUGCUUCUUCAACAAUAGACUCGGGGUGGAACUUUAAGCAAGCAGAAAUGGCUCCCGGUCUUUGGCGUUUUCCGAUACUUGACGGUGUCUCUUGGAAGAUUGCCCAAGAAAAAUCAUCGUCACCCCAUCAGCUUCCUUACCUUCUUCACAGCUUCCGAUUUCCGCCUCAGUUGUCACCACAAGUAGGAGAAAUACCUCGAAGCAAUUUCCAAUUUGAUUUUGAACUUGAGAGAAAAAUUUUAGCUGAGGCAGAGAAGGAAAACCAAAACUGGGUCAAGCUUGGAUUGGAAAACCAUCCGUCUAGGACUGUGUCAUCAACAUCUUCAGUGGGUUCCGUUGCAGACCCUACAGUUAGCAAAUAUAUUGCUUCAGGGCUCAGCCGAGAAGCUGUUACUCUUGCUGUUGGGCAUUACGGAGACAAUCCCACUAAGGUUCGGGAUUUUGUCAAUGGCUACAACCUCUUACGAGAGAUGGGAUUUCCCUCGAAGAGUGUCGCUGAAGCUCUAGUUAUGUACGAGAAUGACACAGACAAGGCGCUGGCACAUUUUCUCAACAGUUCGUCGUGAGUAAAGGUUGAUGCCAAAAGUGAUGCCUUUUUUUUUUUUCGCCUCCCCUUUUGAUGAGCGAUGGUGGCGCCUAUAAACAGUUGUGCUUCUGUAAUAUGAACCUUGAUUGAACACGAUUGUACAGUGUUCCUAGUAUUUUUACACAGUUGUCGAUAAUAGUCAUAAAUUCUGAUAUUAUUGUUGUUUCUUUCCUU